GCUUGCUCUCCAUCACACACACACAUUCUGAAUGACUGCCUGCCACCAUCACAUAGCCUGACUCAGAUAUCAGGAUCUUUACCAGUCUCUUCCCGUUGGGGUAAAGUCAGAGGUGAAUAUUUACACCUUGACCUUCUACCCCCUUUUUUUUUAUUUUUGCUUGCUCCAACUUUCCCACUUUUUUUUUUCAUUUUCUAUCUGUCACCUUCAUUGUUUUCGUGAAAACAACUGUCACCGGUUACUUCUUGCAGCUUUCCUCACUUGUUUUUUUUUUUUCUCGUCAACUUUGAAUGGGGCUCUGUCCCCGCUGCUGCCGCUCUGAACAAUAGAAGUCAAGAGGAUCAGCUCUGCCCCAUGGCAGGAUUAUUGGCAUCAUUAAGUUUCAUUUGUGCUGUUUUUUCUUUGCUCCAGUUGAAGCUUUGAUCCUUCGUGCCGGAGAUUCAGAUGGACGUGUGUAGAGCAUAUUUUGAAUCUGUGUACCGACCGGCUGUCAUCAGCUUUUGCUUCUCACCAGCAUAAAAACACCAUUUCUGCAUCUCCAUCAACUUGGCACGAAGCAAUGCAGAUGCUCCACAGGUUUUAGAUUGUAUCUUUCACUAUAGCAGUUUGAUGUUGGUGCCCGAGACCAUUCCUGUGACCAUUGUUCCACUAAUUGCCAAGUAAUCUCUUCCGUCUGAACCCCUAGAUGACAUGCAGUCCCUCAUAUCUCCUGUGACCAAAGCUAUUCUGGUAGCUUUGUUCAUUUUUGCCAUUCUGCUGAUCCUUUAUGUGAUUCUAUGGUAUAUCUGCCGUGAUGUGGAUUGCGACCAUGGGAUUUGAUUUAGCAUGUUGGGCAAUGGAGUAAAAAAAGGGGGUUUUCCGCACAAGGUAAAAAAAGGGACCAUUCACUUGCCAGUGUAUGAAAGCCAAGACCUGAAGCUGACCUUCAGAACUCAGGGUGACCUGGAUCAAAGAAUUCAUGGGAUUUGCAGCGCUGAAGGUGGAAGACACAAAUGGAGCAAAAAAUAUGCAUUCUCAUCACAAAACGGAAAAGUUGCUAUAGUCACAGGAGGUGCCAAGGGAAUAGGAUGCAGCACUGCAAAACAACUGUCAAGACUUGGCAUGCACGUGAUAAUAGCUGGAAAUAAUGAAGCUGAAGGCAAUGAAGCAGUGACUCGAAUACAGCAAGACACUCAGAAUGAGAAAGAUUGCAUCUCUCCUGCUAUCUUGACAGAAUUACUACAAUGGAGCAACGUGGAAUUUUUAUAUUGUGAUUUGGCUUCCAUGAAGUCCAUCCGGCAGUUCGUCCAGAAUUUCACAGCAAAAAACCUCUGCCUUCAUGUGUUGGUGAAUAAUGCUGGUGUAAUGUUGGUACCUGAGCGCAAAACAGCAGAUGGCUUUGAGGAACAUUUUGGCUUAAAUUAUCUGGGGCAUUUCUUACUGACAAACCUUCUACUGAAAACGAUGAAAAAAUCAGGAACGGAAAACUUGAAUGCUCGCAUCAUCACAGUCUCAUCUGCUACCCAUUAUGUUGGAGAGCUGAACUUUGAUGAUCUCAAUAGCAGCUACUGCUAUUCUCCGCAUGGUGCGUAUGCUCAGAGCAAGCUCGCCCUGGUGAUGUUCACCUAUUGCUUACAACGUCAGCUGUCUGAAGAUGGGUGCUACGUAACUGCCAAUGCGGUGGAUCCCGGAGUCGUGAAUACUGACCUCUACCGGAAUGUGUGCUGGCCAGGCAGGCUGGUGAAGUGGUUGACAGCAUGGCUGUUUUUUAAGACUCCAGACGAAGGUGCAGCCACGUCAGUUUAUGCAUCAGUCGCACCAGAGCUGGAAGGAAUUGGAGGCUGUUAUUUGUACAGUGGACAAAAGACAAAAUCUGCAGACGUAUCAUACAACGAGGAGCUGCAAAGAAAACUGUGGAAUGAAAGCUGCAAAAUGGCUGGAAUUCCUGAUUCAGCGUGAAGCUUUAAAUGGUUCCAUCCUGAUCAUGUUCAAUGGCCUCUAAAUAUAGUCAGCGCCUCGGAGUUAUCUCUAAUGCACCUGGACGGCAGGGGAGAAUGAAUUUGGAUGUUUUGGCUGGGGGACAGGUGAUUUCCAGCGGCACAGAAUACGUUUAUGGAAAAAAUAAAAUAAAUGACCAGCUUUGUAAUAUAAUGCUCAAAUGUGCAUAGCAAAUAAAAACGAUUUCAGCCA